UAAUCCAACUGAUGCUGUUUCCAAUUUAUAUCAAAAAAUUUUCCAAAGCUCAACAAGAAUUUCUGGAAUUAAAGCAUUAGGAUUUGAGUCAAAUGACAUUAUAUGGCAUGAAGAUGAAUUACUUAAAGAAAUUAAAAAAAAUGAUCCAAAUGAUGCUUGGAAAGGGCUAGGAAUUCUGAAUAAAUAUGAAGGAAAAAAAAUUUCUGGUUUAAAUAAUAAUGUAACAUCAGUAAUUCUGGAAGAGUUGAACACUUUGGCUUGUACUCCAAAUGAUUGGGAUGAUGUUUUGGACUAG